UUACCCGGUUUCAAUACUGAACCGGGUUAGAAAUUAAUCUGAUUUUGGUUUAACCAGUCGUAUACUCCCACUGUCCGACACCUUACCUCUCUCCAUUCUCUCUUCGUCCUUCGUUCAUUUAGCGGCGGCUGCCUCACCGGAGGAGCCGUCGAUGAGCCUCUCUCCACCGUCCCAGUGUUGCGGACCUCUCCCCAAUUUCUACUCAUAUUCUCUCAAAGCAAAUACCCCUUCCUCACCCUAUUUCGGCUAUUCGGCCAUCGUUCUUGAUCUCUAUUGGAGUUAAAAGAAAAAUAUAAAGAAUAUUCAGGUAUUCAAGUGUCAGCAAUGGCUGCUGAGUCACCAAGUUCCGUUCGUAAAGUGGUUGUUCAUCUGAGAGCCACUGGUGAUGCUCCUAUUCUCAAGCAAUCUAAAUUCAAGAUAGCAGGAGCUGAUAAAUUUGCAAAGGUUAUAGACUUUCUUAGACGGCAACUCCACAGGGAAACAUUGUUUGUAUAUGUCAACAGUGCUUUUUCACCCAAUCCUGAUGAAUCGAUCAUUGAUUUGUAUACUAAUUUUGGUUUUGAUGGCAAAUUGGUGGUCAACUACGCAUGUUCUAUGGCAUGGGGCUAAUUCUGAAUGAUGCUUGCUAAACAUAUAAUUUCUUCUUAUUAAUUGUGAAUACGUUUAGUUUUGACAAAAGGAUAGAAUGGAACAGAAACAUGAAACCCAAACAUUUGUUGUUUUUUUAAUUAUUUUUUUCUUCCUUUGCGUGUAUAAAUUCAAAGCAGAAGAGUUACCCACUUGAAUGUCGCGACAAAAAGAAAAGUUCAUUAAUAUCAUAAUUUACGGAUUGUUAUGGCUUUGAGGGACC